GGCGGUGUACGUGGACGCUAGCUACGCCGACGCUGAGGAUAGGCGUUCGGUGUCAGGGCUGGCAACAACGGUUGAAGGGACCGUCAUCAGCCACGGUAGCAAGACGCAAGGUAUCGUAUCUUUGUCGUCUACGGAGGCAGAGUACAUUGCUCCCGGGGAGGGUGUGAAGGAAGCUUUGUUUGUGCGUGCAGUGCUUUCGUUUAUUGCCCCAGAGACCAGUGGCAGCAGCAUUCAGGUCCUUGAGGACAAUCAGGGGGCUAUGGCUUUGGUGCAGAACCCCCUUAGCUCAGCGCGUAGCAAGCACAUCGACGUGCGGUACCACUUCAUUCGUGGAUUGUUUAGGUCGGGGGAAAUCUCGAUCAAGUUUGUGUCGACGUCGGAGCAGCAUGCCGAUAUGCUUACCAAGGCUCUUAGCAAGAGCAGUCUGCAGUACCACUGGCGCAAGUUGAUGAUUUGCCGGAGUAGCUAA